UUUUUUUUUCUGAACGUUUUAAGUACGUUUUUACACUAUGGAUGAACACAAAGCGUAAAGACUUUUAUUUUGAAAUCAACGGGUAUCAGAGAGAAAGUAGCAGGGCAGAAGUUUUAAUAUUGUGAUGUUUUGAGCAGUAGACUUGUGUAGAGCAGUUUUAGCGCAGUAGACGGAAUACCUGUGAGUUCGUGGAGGGUUUAACUUUAGUAUUUGAGCUUCAGAGCUGCUUUUAAUUUGUCGGUUACGCGCGGAGGAGCAGUUAGCGGGGACUGGCUGCUGAACUCGGCGCCAAAUAAGAGCAGAGCUCAGCCUAAGAGCGAACGAACGGAGAGUUAACGCUAACUACCAGAGCCCGACAUGAAGCCGCUCAGGAGGACGGAGUGAAGCCGUCCGGACUCUCCCUAUGAAUCUGCAGCGGGAGUAAAGACUGUUCCCUGCGGCUAGAGAAGAAAAGCGCGGGCGAGCGGAUGCGGGCAAUAUGGAGGCCUGCACAGCCAGCAUCUGGCCCCGCAUGGAGCCCUUCCUGCUCGGGGCGCUUCAGGUGGCCCCUCCGAGCAAACUGAGCAUGCACUACCUGCGCAAGAUGGCCUGCUAUGUGCGCACUCGGGAGGGCUGCUUCCCGCAGCUGAGCUGGCACAUGUGGCGCCACAUUGCCUGUGGAAAGCUGCAGCUGGCUGAGGAGCUGGCAUGGCUGUAUUUUGAGACCUUCGACCUUCUGGUGCCGCGGGCUCCCGAGGAGAAGCUGGAGUGGGCCGAGGCGCUCUCUCAGAGUCAGUCUCCACGCGAGCUGGACCGGCAGCGCAGCAAGCUGUGUGUGGACACUCUGCAGUUCCUGCUCUUUCUGUACAUGCAGCAGCUGAACCGUGUCUCUCUGCGCACCUCAAUGAUUGGUGAAGAGUGGCCCAGCCCCCGCUCUCGCUCAUCCUCCUUGACCUCAGAGAGAGAGACCAAAACCAGCUCUUCAAACAAGAACUGGGAUGACCAGGCUCAUGUGACAUUCGUUCAGACGCACCUGUCUGAGCUGUUGGAGCUUCUGUCAGAGCCGGGCGAGGUGAGCAGCUCAGGUCAGGUGCUGCGGGACAGCCAGCUGCCGUUCGAGGCCGUUCAGGCCCUGAGUCUGCUGUUAGAGGGCUCCACCAGCCGCGGCCGCACCGUGCACCCAAUCCACCGGCUGCUGAGCCGUGCACCCCUUCAGAGCCAGGCAGGAUACUCCAAAACUAGCCACACAUUCUCACUGCAACUGCUUCAGAACUGGCUACGCCAGACCCUCACCCUCAACCCCUUCGGCAUUUCCACCUGCCUGCGCUCGGGCAAGAAGCUGGCCUGGGCCCUGCAAGUGGAGGGUGCCAUGAAGAGGGUCAAGAUAGCUAGGAACACUCACACGGCCGUGCCAGGCAGCAAGGUGGUGGUGAUGUCUCAAGUUUACAAACAGACUCUAGCCAAAGACUCUGAGAAGCUGUCCGGUGCUAAUGUUAAACUGCACCGCUGUAGUGAGGCUUUCAUCUACCUGCUGUCUCCUCUCAGGUCAGUGACUCUGGACAAGUGUCGUAACAGCACGGUGGUUCUUGGGCCGGUAGAAACCAAUGUCCACGUGCAGAGCUGUGAGAAUGUGCGGCUGGUAUGCGUGACCGCCCGUCUGGUCAUUGGUGCGUCCUCCCACUGCACCGUCCACGCUCUCACCCCUACACGCCCGCUCCUGCUGCCUGGCAACACAGCCCUCACCCUGGGACCUUUCCACACGCACUACCCGACCCUGGAGGAUCACAUGGCCAGCGUGGGCCUUGCUGUCGUGCCUAAUCUGUGGGACCUGCCGUUGCUGUACGGGCCGGAUGGGCCGGCUCCUGACCCGUCCUGCUACCGCAUCUUGCCACCAGAGGAGUUCUUACUCAUGGUGGUGCCCUUCCAGAGUGAGGGGGACACCUGUGAGGUGCCAGGGGGGCUGCCUGCAGCAUACCAGCAGGCUGUGGAGGCCCGUGAGAGAAGUGUGCAGGAGUGGCAGAGAACGGUGAAGGAUGCGCACCUAAAUAAGGAGCAGCGGCGGCAAUUCCAGGCCCUGGUAGAGCAGAAGUUUCAUGAAUGGCUGCUGGAGACGGGGCAGAGGCAGGAGCUGGACAGCUUAGUGCCCCCAACAGUUGCUCAGGCCAACUCCACUGACUGCUCACAGUCUUCCUGCAGCUCUGAGCCUUCACUUCAGCACCAGAAGGACCAGGUGUCCCGACAGGCUGCAGCGGGACGGACAUCCACAGUUUGCUGAGAAGAGAAUACGGUCUUUAAUGGACACUGUUGCUAUUAUUAUAGAAAUUCGCCUAGUUGACCUCAGCUGUUUGCCUUUGCCUUGGCUCCUCGCUGGGGCAGGUUUUUUUUCCCCCUGACUUCUUGUUCCAGAAUCAGCACUGUGGCAUACGGCAGACUGUGGAUACUGAAGUCGUACAAUACUCAGGACUCUGCAUGAAUGUUUGAAUGAGUAUAAAUGCUGGAAAUGUCGAAAAAUCGAGCUCUGUAAGAGAAAUAUAAAUGCUGGAUGCGUAGCAAGACAAUAUGUCUGAUAUGCAUUAUUCCCUCUGAUGCCUUCGUAGUCUAAUGGUACUUGAGUGCUGUGAUCACCUCUAAGAGGAUGACUGCUUUGUUGGUUAACACUGUAUUAGUUACCAGGGUAAAAAUAAGGGAUCCUUCUAUGCUGCAGUGAAUGAGACCAGAGAAGAGUACUGUUUUUAUCUGCAAAUAUGAAUGAAUUUGGUUCAACAACUCACCUGUGACCCACCCCGUUCAGUCUGUAACAUUUAGGUAACAUUUAGGUAGCACUAUUUAUUUGAUCUAAUGAUGAUUUUUGCUUUGCAUUGUUGAGUUAGAAUUCUGUUAGCUCAGAUCUGGUGUAAUUAUUUUCUUCUUGUUGUUGUGUAAUUGAGUUGACAUUAGCACGGCAGCUAAUGUCGCUGUUCUUUCCAGUCUGCUAAGAUUUGAUUAGCUGCAGCAACAUGGCUCGCCUCAGUAGUGUAGAAUUUUAAGUUGACGUUGACGUUAGCACGGCAGCUAAUGUCGCUGUCCUUUCCGGUCCAUUUUAUUAUGAACCGCCUCGAAGUGUAGAAUUUUGAGAUGAACAAGCGCGUAGUGUGUCAGCUAGGGUCGUAAUAAUUGAAAAAUGUAUUUAAAUUAUUCCAAUUUGCAUACUGUUAAACAUUUAAUGUGUUCAUUGUCUGUUUAUUAGAGCUUGUCGCACAAAGUUUGAAACAAAAGCUGUGUGUUACUGAACGUUCUAGACGCAAGAUAAGCUUGGCUGAUCUCAAAAUGAUGUGGGCAAUAUGGCUGACAUUUUAUAGGUUAAACUUAAAUCCCAUUAACCUGUGCUAAUUAAAAAAUUAAUUAUGCUUGUAAUUAAAUAUGCAGUUGCUGAAUUGUUCGGAAAAAACAUAGAAAAACAUAUUGGGAUGUAGUUUAUUACAGUCGAAAUAAAUAUUUCCAGCUUUACAAUAAAUAGUAGUAGGAUAGUGGUUACAUUUUUAGCAAUUCUGAAGCUUUUCCAGUUUGACGAACACUUGCGACAAGUGUACGCAUCAGUAAAUUGCGUGUGGGUGGGUCGGUUGUCUUUACGACGUUGCCUUUGGCAUUGGAUUAUAUUUAUAUUUAUACUGAAGGAAAUGUUCACAUACUUGUAGAGCUUCUUGUAGCACUCUUCCUGCAUACUUGACACCCAUGAGCUUGAAUUAGCCUUUCUGUCCUUGUUCUGUGGCCAGUAUGAAUUGAAAUGGAUCCCUGCUGUAGUCUAGUUGUACACGAUGCCUUAUUCUGUAGCUGCACUUUAAUGAUCCCCAAAAGUGCUACUUAUUAGCUUUUACCCGAGAUACUCUCAGUCCUGGUCCUGGAGGUAUCCUGCACUUGUUGGUCCCCCUGCUCUCACUGCAAAAAAUUAUAUCUUGGGAAAAUGAAAUCGUAAUAAAUAUAUAUAUAUAUACAGUACAGGCCAAACGUUUGGACACACCUUCUCUUUUUUUUAUGUUUUCAUGACUAUUUACAUUGUAAAUUCUCACUGAAGGCAUUAAAAACUAUGAAUAAAUACAUGUGGAGUUUUAUGUACUUAACGAAAAAUGACCUGUUCUCCACAGUCACCAGACCUGAACCCAGUCCAGAUGGUUUGGGGUGAGCUGGACCGCAGAGUGAAGGCAAAGGGGCAACAAGUGCUAAACACCUCUUUGCUCUUUGAUUACUGGUUUGCACACUCCUGAAUUUUUUUUUUCUUUUUUUUUUUUAAACAGUCUUGAAGGAGUUACCAGAGGUGUUUAGCACUUGUUGCUCCUUUGCCUUCUUCACUCUGCGGUCCAGCUCACCCCAAACCAUCUGGAUUGGGUUCAGGUCCGGUGACUGUGGAGGCCAGGUCAUUUUUGUUUAAGUACAUAAAACUUCACAUGCAUUCAUUUAUAGUUUUAAUGCCUUCAGUGAGAAUUUAUAAUGUAAAUAGUCAUGAAAAUAAAGAAAACGCAUUGAAUGAGAAGGUGUGUCCAAACUUUUGGCCUGUACUGUAUAAUAAAUAGAGUCUGAAUCUUUUGUGCUUUGAGAUUAUUAAAGGAAUAUUAUAAAAAUGCAACUUCUUUUUCUGAGUAAUUUUAUAGUUUUGUUUUACUAGCUGAUUCAUUUGCUUAUUUCAAGAUGAAUGAUACAGAAUAAGACAGUUUUUGUUCGCUAAAAUGGGUAUAAAGUUAAAUAAUCUUGUAAUAUUCUCACAAGAUCAAAAAAGAUUAAAAUAAGUAUUUAGAUUAUAUAUUUUGUCUUAAUAAUAAUAAAAAAAGUUAAAUUUCACCGAUUUCAGUAAGAUAUCAUUUGAUACCAUGCACUGUGAACUUAUCUUUUUCAGUAUGCAGGGAUAAUAUUAGACUCCAGAUGCAGAUUUGAGAAUCUGCUGCUGUAGAAUUUUUUUUCUUUCCACUGGUUUCUGUGAUCAAUAUGCAACACCGCAUUAAAGGGUCUUCUUCAUUUUUUUGUAGAUGUUCCUCAUUGUUUUCUGCAUAUUGUUUACUUUUAUUUGUAUUCAAGAGUACAAAUAAAUCCAGCGGACUUCCAGUAGAGCACCGUAUUGUAUUAUGUGUCAUUUAAGGGAACAGAUUUAGUGUGAAAACAAUAAAAAAAAUGCUUUGUCUUCUGUA